AUGACUCAUUAUAACCUUCAAAGUCAGCAACCUACUGCUAUUUCUAUGGUGCCAGUCAUAGCUGAGAUAGAUAGCCCACUUUUAGAUGUACCAGGACUUGGCACUAAUCAUAACUUAGAUGACUUAAGAAAACAUGGCAUUCCCAUUGCUGACUACCAAAAGGGAUGGUGGCUCAUCCAAGAGCAACUACAGAUCAUCCAAGAAGCAGAGAAGAAUCUGACUCAGGAACAGCAUGAUAUUCUGAGAAGACAACAUUUGCACUGGGAGCAAUCUGAAAUGUACAGUCCUAUGAAUGGAUCCAGUUCAGCAAUUGCAAAGGAAAAAUUUGCUGAUCACAAUCAGGAAAUCAAUGACCCUGAGCUAGAUAUUAGAGUCUAG